AUACAUGGCUGUGUUUCGUACAAACUUUCAGCACGCGACAGUCUAUUGUUAUUAAACUAAUGCAGAUUUAAACUUAUUAAAGGAUAUUUAUUUGUGAUUAAGCUGCGAUAAGUGUAUAUAUUCCUGAAUUACAGAAAUACGUCAGAUUCCACCAGAUUGAAAGCACAUAGUUGGGCAAUGAUUAGUUGUUAUCUAAACAUGGUCUCCUGCCCUUGGUGUAGCAUGCUGCGGUUCCAAACAUGUGCACAUGCCUAUAUGAUAUAGUAAAGAUAAGUGUGGACAACCCCACGCAUAGUUUUAUUGUCCAGUUGAAUUGCAACUCACAUGACCGCAUUAAUUUUUAGCAAGAAAGUUUGCCAUUUGUGGUAAUCGCAGUUUGUCAUGAGAGAAAACAUUGAUAACACAUUACCGUGCAUAUACAUAUGUAGUCAUAUCCUUCAGCCUAACGUUGCACACCAUGUAUGAAUAUGAUAAGCCUAUAAAACUGAACAUGCUUGUGUAUAAGUCAUCCAUCAGUGACAUAGGCCCUGCAAAAUACGUACAUAUGUAUGUGUAACGUGAUCACCUGAGAUCAUCAAAUCACAAGGUCUUCAAACUUAACAUAAACACAUACAAAGGUUCGGUUAAAAUAUAUCCACGUAUUGUUGAAGGAACUCGUGAUUCGGUGCUAAUCAAAAAUAGCUAACUUAGGUAAAACCGAUCUGUGGAGUGGGAAUUGGUUCAGUUGUCGAGCUGAGUUACUCAGUGCCACAGACUGUGAUACAUAAUUGGAUCGGACGCGUUGAGCGAGCAAGACUAUGGAAGAAUAUUGUGGAUCCCCAUUUUGGGAUCGAAAUCUCACAUGGGAUACAAGUGAUCCGUUUUUUACUCCUUGCUUUGAGGAUACGGUUUUAAUCUGGGCACCAGCUGCAUUUCUCUUAGCGUUUGCAAUCUUUGAAAUUAAGUCGUCUCUACAAAGCCCACGUCGAAGUGAUCGAGUUCCAUGGAACGCAUUUACGAUUAUUAAGUGUUUAGAUAUUUUAGCAUUGUGCGCUGUAGCGAUAGUUAAUCUAGUUAAGGUCUUAAGUUACGAUGAAUCUCGAAGUGUGGAUACUCUGGCUUCCGUGGUGCGGUUAGUGUCUUAUAUCGGAGCGCUGGCACUGUUAAUUUUAUCAAAAAUGAAUGGUGUAAGGUCUUCAGGGAUCCAGUUUUUAUUCUGGUGUUCGGUUGCGACAUGCGAAGCAGUUUUAUUUCGAACUGCCGUGAGGAUGUACGACUCUGAUCACGAUACAAAAACAAACUUUUCCUACUUUAUACGAUUCUUCAUAUUUCCACUGACGGCAAUUCAACUUUUUCUGAAUUGUUGGGCUGACGGGAGUUGGAGUUUUGGACAAAAAGAAAAGUCGGGAAAAAAUGCCUUAUUUGGGCUCCCCAGUCCGGAUAAAAACUCGUCUUUCCUAUCCAAAAUCAUGUACUCCUGGUUUGACAGUCUUGCUUGGAAAGGUUAUCGCAUGCCACUUGAGUUUGCAGAAUUAUGGGACCUAAACCCACAGGAUAAAGCGCAUAAGCAAAUCCCAUUAUUUUAUAAACACUGGAAUGCCGCAGUGAAAAAAGCCAAAGAAGAAAGCAAGAAAACUGGGAAAGUAGUCGAAGCUGGAAUUAUUUCAGUCUUUGCGAAAUGUUAUUGGACCACAUUCGUUGUGGGUGGAAUCAUGCGUUUAGUACAAGACUUGUUGCCAUUCAUUUCUCCAGAAAUUAUGAAAUUGUUAGUGGCACAUGUUGCCCCAAAUAGUACAGAAGACUCCUGGAAGGGUUACCUUUAUGCUGGAGUGUUGUUUGCGACAUCAAUCCUGCAAACCAUAUUUUCUAUUCAACACUUAAAACGCACGAUGAUAAUUGGUAUGAGGACUCGGACCGUGUUAUCCAGUGCAGUUUACAGAAAAGCAUUGGUAGUUUCAAAUGCAGCAAAGAAAGAUUCAACCGUCGGGGAAAUUGUAAACUUGAUGAGUGUUGAUACCCAACGACUUAUGGAUCUCACCUCCUUCAUACACAUGAUUUGGACGGCUCCAAUACAGAUUGGUUUAUCAAUCUAUUUCCUGUACCAAGCCUUAGGGCCGGCUGUAUUUGCGGGAUUAGCAGUCAUGAUUCUCUUGAUUCCUUUAAAUGGAUUUAUUGCGACGAAAAUCAGGGCUGUUCAAAUGGAGCAGAUGAAGAUGAAGGAUAACCGUGUGAAGUUGAUGAGCGAGUUGUUAUCAGGGAUGAAAGUUCUGAAGUUGUACGGCUGGGAACCUUCAUUUCAAGCUCAAAUCACGAAAAUCCGUGAUAUGGAAGCGGCUUUGUUGAGAAAGAGUGCGCUUCUUGGAGUCAGUACUAUGUUUACAUUUACGUGCGCACCAUUUCUCGUGUCGCUGGCCACAUUUGCGGUGUACGUUUUGUCGGAUGAGACGCACAAUUUAAAUGCAGAAAAAACCUUUGUUGCAUUAUCUCUCAUGAAUAUUAUGAGAAUGCCGAUGACGAUGUUUCCCAUGGUCAUUGCUCUCUUGGUGCAGGCUUUAGUUAGCAUAAAGCGAUUGAAUAAAUACCUAAAUUCAGAGGAAAUUCAUCCCGAUGCUGUGACGCAUAAUGAAAGUGAAAAUGAUCCUAUUGUGAUACGAGAUGGUAGCUUCUCCUGGACGGAUGAAAGUAUGACGCUACAAGACAUUAAUUUCAAUGUUAAGAAGGGAUCCUUAACAGCCAUUGUUGGUACUGUUGGUUCUGGAAAAACAAGUCUGCUUUCAAGUUUGUUGGGCGACAUUACAAAACACACAGGAACUGUGAAUAUCAAGGGCAGCGUUGCAUACGUUGCACAAGGGGCUUGGAUUCAAAACGCAACGUUGAAGGACAACAUAUUAUUCAACGAUCCCUUAAACGAAACUCAAUAUAGGAAAGUUAUUGAGGCCUGUGCUCUUGGACCUGAUAUAGAAAUUCUAGACGGGGGAGACCAAACGGAGAUUGGGGAAAAGGGCAUAAAUUUGUCGGGAGGUCAGAAGCAGCGUGUCUCAUUGGCUCGAGCGGCUUACAAAGAGUCGGACGUCUACCUUUUCGAUGAUCCAUUGAGUGCCGUGGACGCACAUGUUGGGAAACAUAUUUUCGACAAACUCAUCGGACCGAAUGGAAUACUGAGAGGAAAGACGAGGGUCCUGGUAACCCAUGGGGUCUCCUUCCUCCCACAGGUUGACAACAUUGUAGUCAUGAAGGAUGGACGGAUUAGUGAAGUUGGGACGUUUAAGGAGCUCUUGAAGCAAAAAGGAAGUUUUGCUGAAUUUUUGAGUACUCAUUUGGGAGCUGGAGAAAGUGAAGAGAUUGACGAAUCCUUGAUGCACGAAAUGGAAGAAAUUGUUGGAACGGAAGUGUUGAAAAGAAAUUCUUCCAUAAUUUUGAGGAAGCGGUCAACGCAGGCGUCACUAACCAACAAACAAGCUCAAGCAGAACCUGUUCCGACCAAGAAAAAAUUGAUCGAGGAGGAGAAAGCAGAAACCGGAAGUGUAAAAUUAUCAGUCUUUGUUGACUACAUGCGAACUGCAGGGUUGACCAUGACAGUCGGCGCAAUUGCUUUCCACUGCAUAUCGACAGCGGCCUCAACCUAUUCAAAUAUCUGGCUAAGUGAUUGGAGUACCGAAGCCACUAAAGAUGAAAUAGCAAGUGGAGGUGUUCAAAAUAAGGACACGACAACAAAGUAUCUCAGUGUUUACGGCGUACUUGGUGGAGUUCAAGCAAUCACAAUUUUACUUGGUGGAGGAUAUCUGGCACUCGGUGCCUUAAACUCGGCGUUGCACCUGCACGUCAGAAUGUUGACGAGAGUCAUGAAGGCCCCCAUGUCAUACUUCGAUACGACGCCCCUUGGUAGACUAGUGAAUAGAUUUGCGAAAGACGUAGAUAUGGCGGACAAUGUUGUUCCAUUAAAUAUUCGUGGAACUCUUAACAUUUUACUUGGGGCUCUCAGCAUGAUUGUGAGCAUUUGCUAUUCAACUCCUCUUUUCUUGGCAUUUAUCUUCCCUCUUGGAAUCUUCUACUUUUUCCUUCAACGUUUCUACAUUGCGACGUCACGACAGUUAAAACGAAUCGAGGCCGUUUCAAGAUCCCCAAUUUAUUCAAAAUUUAGCGAAGCGAUUUCUGGAUCAAUUACAAUCAGGGCAUUCGGUCUACAAGAAGAUUUCAUAGUGGGAGCAGAAAAUAAAAUUGACCAAAAUCAACAGGCCUACUUUCCCUUUAUUGCUUCGUCUUUAUGGAUCUCUACAAGAUUGGAGUUGCUCGGUGGGCUAAUUAUUCUUGCAGCAGCCAUUUUUGCAGUGACAUCUCGAGAAACAAUUAGUCCUGCAAUUGUGGGGCUGUCUAUAUCCUCCUCGCUGCAAAUCACUCAAAUGCUGAAUUUUUUGGUGCGACUAAUGAGUGAAUUGGAAACCAAUAUAGUUUCCGUUGAAAGAAUGAAGGAAUUGACUGAGACUGUACAGGAAGCACCAUGGGUCACGGAGAAACGACCUCCAAAAGAAUGGCCUCAAAAUGGUGAAGUCGUUUUCCAAAAAUAUGAAACCAGGUAUCGUGAAGGAUUGGAUUUGGUGUUGAGAGGAAUAAGUUGUUCCUUUAAUCCUGGAGAAAGAAUUGGAAUUGUUGGAAGGACUGGAGCAGGAAAAUCGUCCCUCACUUUAGCCUUGUUCAGAUUGAUAGAGCCGUCGGGUGGCUCCAUUUGUAUUGACGGACAGGAUAUUAAUCAAAUUGGACUGCAUGACCUCAGAUCAAAAAUUACAAUCAUUCCUCAGGACCCAGUUUUGUUUUGUGGGAAUUUGAGAAUUAAUCUUGACCCAUUCGAUGCAUAUACUGACGAUGAAGUCUGGAACUGUUUGGAAUCGGCGCAUUUGAAACCGUAUGUGAGCAGUUUGCCACAAGGACUUAUGUACGAGGUAGCUGAAGAGGGGCAGAAUUUCAGUGUCGGCCAGCGUCAGUUGGUAUGCUUAGCACGUGCUUUGUUGAGGAAGACGAAAAUUCUUGUGCUGGAUGAAGCGACCGCAGCGGUGGAUCUAACGACUGACGACCUUAUUCAAAAAACUAUCCGAAAGGAAUUUGCUCAUUCAACCGUAAUAACGAUUGCCCACAGACUGAACACUAUCAUGGAUUCGAACCGGGUCGUGGUAUUGGAUAAAGGGCAAAUCGUGGAGUUUGACUCUCCUGAAAAUCUCUUAAAAGAUUCAAGCACCAUAUUCUAUGGUAUGGCAAAGGAUGCAGGCUUGGUGUAAAGUUUAGUAGUAAAAAUCAUUGCGUGUGUUGCAAAGUGGCAUGCAUGUACAAAGUUGAAGAAUAUAAUUACUCUCUCCACGUAGUUAUAAUUAUUGAUAUUUUUGUAUUUAUUAUAACUACCUUGCUUUUAUUGCCUACUCGUGGUUUUACGUGCCAAAAUAUUUUAUUAAAACGUAUAAUAAGCCAUUUCCACAUUAUAUAGUCUUUACUGUGUUACGAUAUUGUGUACAUAUAUCCUAUCUAAUAAGAGUCAAAAGCAAAUGCUCGAGUUGUUCUAUGUUUAGCUCGAACUGGUUUGAGCUUGUAUAAAGGAAAAUAAAGCGUUGUUUAACAAGAGCCAAGAAA